AUGACUUCAAAUUUUAACCAAUCUUCCUUUCGAAAUACAUCAUUAUGUGUUUAUAUUGGAAAUACAUCAUCAUUUGAUGAUCAAACAUUAAUAGAUUAUUGUUCAAAAUUUGGUACAAUAGUUUCAUGUUCAAUUGAUAAUUGUCCAAAUGAAAAACGUAUAUUUUGUGAUUUUCAUAUUAUUGAAUUUGCUACAAAACAACAAUUAGAAUCUUUUUUUAAUAAGUCUAUACAUCAGAUUGAUUCGAUUAUAUUAGAUGUUAAAUUAUAUGAAAAACUAAUAGAAAAUUUUGAAAUAUUAAAUAUAGAUCGUAAAUUAUUCAUUGGACCAAUAAUCGAUUUAAAUGAUAUAAAUAUGAUAACAGAAUUUUAUAAACAAAUUGAUCCAAUAUUACAAUAUUAUAUAUCUUCACAUGGUACACAAACAUAUGUAUUAAUAGAAUUUAGUAAUCGACAACAUAUUCGAACUAUUAUUCAACAACAAAUAAUACCAAAAACAGUCGAUAAUAAAAUGUUUGCAAUUCAUACAGCUAUACAUCCAAAAGAAUUCAUAAAUAAGAAAUUAUUUACAACAAAUAGUCAAUCUCAAAUAUGUAUCAAUGGAAUAACAGAUCAAAUUACAGAAAAAAUGUUAAUUGAUUAUUUUGAAAAACGUGCAUCAGUUAUUGCUUGUCAUAUACUUUCAACAGAUCCAAAAUGUGCUAUUGUUCAAUUUGCUAAUGAUAAAUGUACUCAAAAAUUUCUUGAUAUAUCUGUAAUACGUUUCUAUGAAACAACUCUUUCAAUAAGUAAAGUACCUGAUCAUCUUACAUCAACAUUAUUACCUUGUACGAAUGAUAAAGAAACAGAAGUAUAUUAUAAUGAUGAUGAAAUAGAUGAAUUACUUGAAGCAACUAGACUAAAUUCAAUUCAUUCUCUUGCAAUACAAAAUGAACCAAUUUUACCGUUACAAUCUAUAGAACCAAUGCGUGGCGAUUCACCAGAGAUUAGUGAAUGUGGUUGGGCAUCACCUCCAAGAACUGUUAUCAAUCAUUGCCUUCCAGUUGAUCAACCAGCUCAACGUUUAUCCUCGCAACCAUGUAUUACAACAAUGGAUAUUAAUACACAUGCAAUAUACCAAACAAUUGUUAUUGAUACAGAUAUAAAACCAAUACAUAAUUCAAUAAAUAAUAUAUUACAUUUUGUUGAAGAAUUUCAAAAACAACUCGAACAAAUUAAAGAUGAAUAUAUGAUGAAAUUUAGUAAAGAUCGAGUAUCGAUUGAACGUGAACUUAAUCAAUUAAUCAAUGAAGAACAAAUAGCAUUUGAAAAAAUUCACCAACAGUUAUGUGAUUUUCGUCGACGUAGUUCAACAAAAUACUAUGAUCAUAAACGGAAAUAUAGUUAA